GUCUCCACCCUCGCUGGACAACACACACCCCAUCCUUGGUGGGCUCUGACAGCCCUGAGCCCAUCACCAGGGACCCUUUCAACACAGAGGUCAUGCCCAGCACCCUGGCAGACAUCGUCACCACUGUCAUGGGCAGCUCCCAGCCCGUGGUGAGCUAUGGCACUGCUGACAACCUCAUCCCUGUCUACUGCUCCAUCCUGGCAGCUGUGGUGGUGGGGCUGGUGGCCUACAUUGCCUUCAAAAGGUGGAACAACUGCAAACAGAAUAAGCAAGGGGCCAACAACCGCCCGGUGAACCAGACACCUUCACCAGAGGGGGAGAAGCUGCACAGUGACAGUGGCAUCUCCGUGGACAGUCAGAGCCUGCACGACCAGCAGCCACCUGCCCAGGGCACCCAGGGGCCAGCACCCAAGGGAGAUGGGACCCUGUACACCAACCUGCCACCCAGCAAGCAGGAGGAGGUGGAGAAGCUGCUGGGCAGCUCUGCAGAGGAGACGUGGAGGCAGCUGGCUGGGGAGCUGGGCUACAAAGAGGAUCUCAUAGACUCCUUUACCAGGGAGGAAUCUCCUGCCAGGGCUCUCCUGGCUGACUGGUCCUCCAAGGAAUCA